CAUCGGGCGAAGACACCGGGACGGAGAAAUAGGGAGGCGACAUCGGGUGGGACACCAGAAUUGAGCACCGGGGAGGGGACAUUAGGGAGGGAGCUCUAGGAAAGGGACACCGUGGGUGUGGGGGGUCGGGACCACUAAGCACCAAGAAUCACCCACACCAGAGACACCGGGAUGGGGAACACUAGGGGACACUGGGAAAGGGAAGACUGGGAAUGGGGCCACUGGGGACGGGAACAGCUGGGAACAGAGCCCAGGGCUACUCGGGAAGGGACAGCCAAGCCCCUGUCUCUCUCCCUGGGCAGUGGGUGGCCAAGGGCACAGCAGCAUCACGGCCAGUUGAACGAGUUACUUGGGCAGCUGCCGUGGAUCCCGGCUCACCAGAUCCCCAUCCCCACAGGGUCGACUCGGUACUCACCAUGGCUGCAGCACAGCUCGUCACUUGGGGGAUGCUGCUGGCCACCGGGGUCCCUGCCAACGCCCAGGGGGUGCUGCCGGCAGGGCUGACUUUAGGUGGGGACCCCUUGCACAGCCCUGCCUGGGGACAGCAGUGGCCAGGCCCAUCUCCCACCUGGGAGGCAUCGGGGGAGCCGAGCGGUGCCGGGGCCCCAAGGAGUGCGCGCUGGGGGAUCAAGCACUCCGUGCACUGGUCCCCGCCGCUGCAGGCGGGGGAUGGCACCAGGGCACCCCUGGAGAUGGAAGCCACUAUGACAGGCGCUGAUACCAAGGUCUGGAGGGAUGGCAGCACAGUCCCGGCUGUGACAGAGGAGCCGCUUGUUGCCUGGAAAGGGCACGAGGCUGAAGGCCAAGACAGCUCCCUGCUUCACGGCUCUGCACCAGGGACUCCGGGCCCUGAGGUGCUCAUGGACAGAGGGUCAGAUUCUCCAGCGCCUCUCGGGGCAGGGCAGGACCUGUCCCCGUCCGGGCAGAGUGUCUCCAAGGCAGUCGGCACCCACAGCCCUCGGCCAACCGUAUCCACCAUUGCCCUGGACCCCACGCUGGCGGCGGGAAUGAGGACAGCAGAUACCCGCACAGGGGGACACACAGCGGCAGAGGGACACACAGUGGCCUCGGGCCUCUCUCAGGACGCGCAACUCGCUUCAGCCAGCAGCCAGGCGGUCCCCCUGGGCACAGCCCCUGUCUCCAAUCCCACAGGCACGGGGCCAGCCGGGGGUCCCCAUGCCAGCCCUGGCUCUACGCAGCUGGUGGGCAGCUGGGGGGACACGGGAGGGUCCCCCAGCCCCUUCCCGGCUCUGCCCAGCUCUGCCCCACGACUGCGCCACACAGCACCGCCCUGGGGGCUGGCUGAGCCCUGGACUCGAGUGCUCCCGUCUCACCAGCGUAGCACGCGGAGGGCCCCACUCAGCCACGCCACCACUAACCCUGGCGAUGCAGUCCCCCGCACGGACCCUGGGACUGCAGGGCAGCGGGGACCCCAGCCCGUCCCAGGGUCUGUCCUCAGCACCGGCCCUGUGCCGCCUCCUGCCUCCGGCACGGCCACCCCCGGUACCCCGAGCAGAGAGCUGCUGCCCGAGGAGGACGUCGGCUCCCCGCAGCAGGUCCGGGGCGCCGUGGGCCCUGUGAGCGUCCCAAAUGUCACCAAGACGACCCCACAACCAACGGCACAUCCCACCACGGGGACGCUCGGGACAAGACACCCAGACACUCCCCUGCCAGGGACGCAGACCCCAGCCUCCAGCACUGCGACCCCCUCGGCCACGUGGCGACGGGCAGGGCUGACGCCUCAGCCCGUCCCCCGAGAUCCAUCAUCACCGCAGCCACAGUCCAGCCGUGCCCCCCCUACGCCGGGGGCCAACGCGACCGGGCUGCGCUGGGCUGAGCUGCAGCACCAGCUGGGCUUCUCCUGGGAGGCCCAUGUCUAUGGAGUGGCUGGGGGGGUCCUGCUGCUGGCUCUGGGCUGCCUGGCCGGGCUGGCGGGGACAGCCAUCCUACGGCCCCCACACCUCCCACACUCUGUGGGGGCCCACGGGCUGCUGCUGGCCGCCUGCCUGCUGCGGGCCACCUUCCUGCUGCUGGAUCCCUACGGGGCGCGGGGCCGCCUGCCCGCCCCGGCCCUGCUGCUGCUCAACACAGCCCCUUUCCCCCUGCUGCUCGCCGCUUUCGCCCUCCUGCUCCAGAGGCUGCAGCGCCUGGCCCAGUUUCAGCUGCUGCCAUCCCGGCUGCGGGGGCUGCCGGCGCUGGGGGCUGUCGCUGCCCUGCAGGGCGCGGGGGUGUGCUGCCGGUGCCGCCGCCGCAGCCCCGCCGGCCACUCCUGCUGGGCCAAGGCACUGCGCUACUUCUGCGCCGGCCGCAAAGCUGAAGCACCCGAAUACCCCAACAACUGCUACGACUGGCGGACACCCGCCAACGACAUCUCCAAGAACCUCAUCCGCAAUCCGGCGGAGCAGCUGCCCCUGCGAGCUCUGAAGGACAGCAACGAGGUCUGGGCAGCUGGCACCGGGAUGCCGGGGCUCAGCCCCAAGUGCCCCAACAUGCUGGCCGCCCGCUCCUGCGCCGCCUUUGAGCAGGGCUCGUCCCCCUCCCUGGGAGAGCUGAUCUUCCGCCCGCCGUCCCCCAUCGACCUGCGCCGCAGCAUCGACCAGGCGCUCUGCCGCCGCCACCUCCUGCACGACGGCCUCUUCGGGCGGCCCCGCCGCGGCUCCGGCUCCUCCCUGCACGGCUCCCCAGCCCCUGACAAGACCCCCAGCCUGGGGCGCAUGGUGCGCUGCAGCUCGCUCACGGAGCUGCCCGGCCCCCGCCAGCCGCCCGGCACCGUCACUGUCACCGUCACCGCCUCAGCCAGCUCCCUGGAGAGCAGCUCGCUGAAGAUCAGCUGGAACCCCUGGCGCCAUGGGCUGUCCUCUCCCGACAGCCUACCCCUGGACGAGGCGCCCAGCCGGGCUCCUCUCCUGGUGCCCGCUGCAGCCCCCGGCUGGGAGCGCGAGGGUCCCCGCGCCUUCCCAGCCCUUGGCAAGGCGGGGGACUCCCGCAGCCUCUCCAGCGACACCAUCGAGCUCUGAGCCCGGGACAGGCAGAGACUGGGGGCGCAGGAGGACGAUGAGCCCAGUGGCAGGGUGAGGGGGUCUGAUCCUGCAUCCCUGUAGGGCCGGGCAGGGGCGGUUCCAUUUGUGCCAAAUGAGAGAAAUAAAGAGUUUAUG